CCAGCAAAGAUUAAAAAAAACAGAAGAAUCACACGUCAAAUCUUGAGUGUGUGUGUGAUUAGAAACUAGAAACUGCAGAGAGCCAAAGAGAAAAACUGACUCUCAGACACAAUGAGAAAAAUGAGAGAAAAUUAAACGCACGCAAUCACCACCUUCAUAACCGUCAGCGUAACCAUUUUCAAGCACAAGCAAAACCAAUUUACCUAACGGUCAUACCCAUACCCUUACCAUUACCCUUCUUUCUAUUCAUUCAAAUCCCAAUCCAAUCCCCUUUUUUUCUAUUCCCAAAUUGUUUCCUUUAUUGAGCUCCAAUUCCUCAUAAAUCUUUUCUUUUUCAUUUCAUCGCGAUCCCCAAUAAUUCAUCUUACGGGAGCGCGAAAUUCUUCGAAGAAGAAAAAAAAUGAAGCUCCUUUGGUUCCUAUUGAUCUGAAUUGGGGCUUUUCUUCUUCUUCUUUCUCUUUAACCCAGUUUUGUGGCGCGUUUGGGUAUUGAGAAAUUCGAGGAAUGGCGAACCAGGUGACAGUGAGGGACCUCGCAGAAGAAGCCAAGAAGAGGAUUGUCAUCUUGCUCGUCUCUGUCGUUGGACUCUCCUAUCUCAUGUCCCUGACAAGCUCCACAGUUUGGGUCAACUUGCCAGUUGCAGCCUCCUUGAUCAUCUUUCUCAGGUAUUUAUCAUUAGAUUUUGAAAUGAAGAGAAAAACAGCAGCAUACAACAAUAAAGCAGGCUCCACCAAUGUUCAGUCUUCAAAGAAGCCCGUUGAAAGUUCUAAAGUUGUUGCAAAAUUUGAGUGGAGAAAAAAGGUGAAUUCUCCAGUUGUUGAAGAUGCAAUUGAUCACUUUACCCGGCAUCUAGUUUCUGAGUGGGUGACGGAUCUGUGGUACUCUCGCAUAACACCAGACAAAGAGGCUCCCGAGGAGUUAGUACAACUAAUAAAUGGUGUUCUUGGGGAAAUUUCAGGACGCAUGAGAAAUAUAAAUCUAAUUGAUCUCUUGAUAAGGGAUCUGAUAAAUCUCAUUUGCACACACUUGGAGCUGUUUCGUGCUGCCAACUCAAAGAUUCAAAAAAUGCAUAAAGGUCCAUUGACAAUUGAAAGUCGAGAUAUGGAACUAAAAAUUGUAUUGGCUUCUGAGAAUAAAUUGCAUCCUGCUCUAUUUUCUGCUGAAGCUGAGCAUAAGGUUUUGCAGCAUCUGAUGAAUGGCCUCAUGUCUGUCACUUUCAAGUCCGAGGAUCUGCAGUGUUCUUUCUUUCGAUGUACUGUCAGGGAACUCCUUUCAUGCACUGUCAUGCGGCCUGUCCUAAACUUAGCCAAUCCAAGAUUUAUUAAUGAAAGAAUUGAAAAUGUAGUAAUCAAUAAGACCAAGAUUAAUCCGGGGGUUGCUGUAGCUCAAGAUGCAUCUCAGGCUAAUGCAGAUGAAUUACAGACUUCGUCUGACCAUUUCUCUGACUGUUUAGAUCCUUCUGUUAGUGGUGUGGAGCUUGUGCAGUUGAAAAAUGGUCCUCCCAAGAAUGCAGGGUCAUCUGCAAAAAAUAAAGCAUACGAUAAUACUAAAGAUCCAUUGCUUUCAGUUGAUGCUCGGUCUUCUCGUUCAUGGAGCUCAUUGCCUGGAAAUGCCCAAAUUAAUUUGGAACAAGGUAUUCAACGCCAUCGUUCUGGUGGAGAGUGGGGAGAUAUCUUAGAUGUUAUCUCUCGAAGAAAGACCGAAGCCCUUGCUCCAGAACAUUUUGAAAACAUGUGGACGAAAGGGAAAAAUUACAACCAAAAGGAUGAUGAGAACCAGCCAAUUGGCCGUCCACAGCUUCCUGUAGCAGGACAAUCACGAAGGGUAGAUCAUAUAAAGGCAAAAUCUGGAACCCAAGGAAAAGGCACUAAUUCAAAGAUGAUUCCACCUAAAGGAAGCCAAAUUAAUUCUGGAUACAGCAGUCAGUUGACUGGUGAACAUACACCCUUUCAUUCAGGCAAGGAUGGAUCAGCUUCUUCUACAGUCCCUUCAUAUAAAGAUGAUGAGCAUGAGCGCAUCCAUAUGCAAGUUGGUGACUCCGGGAGCACUUCUUCUUAUACUUCUGAAGAUGAUGAUCCUAACACUGUCACUGGUCUUGAUUCCCCUGUAACUAAGGUUUGGGAUGGAAAGACUAAUAGAAACCAGGCAGUUUCCUAUGUUCAUCACCCACUUGAAAAUUUUGAUAAUCAUGGUACCAAGAAGAGGAAUAAAAGCCAUUCUCGCUAUCCUAAAUUACGUAGAACCCGGUCUGGAAGUAAAAGGUCUAGAUCAAGUGAUCAUGACCCAAAUACAUGGGAGGAAGUUGAGAGGACAAGCUUUUUGUCUGGAGAUGGUCAAGAUAUACUUAGUGUUUCAAAACACACUAAUUCUGAUGAUUCCAGUGAUGAUGCUGAUACUGAAAGUUUGGGUAGAAUUUAUAGUGGAGCAGCAGCUUCAUCUUCUGCAUCCUCUAUUUCAAAAGCAGAAUCUUGUAGUUUGGUUGUUAAUCCCCGUAAAAGCUCCUCAGCCAUAGGUUCCUUUUUCAAGUUGAGAUGUGAGGUCUUAGGUGCAAAUAUUGUGAAGAGUGGCUCAAAAUCAUUUGCUGUUUAUUGCAUAUUGGUUACAGAUGUAAAUAACAACAGUUGGUCAAUUAAAAGAAGGUUUCGGCAUUUUGAGGAGCUACAUCGACGCCUGAAAGAGUUUCCUGAGUAUAAUCUUCAUUUGCCUCCAAAACAUUUUCUGUCAACAGGUUUAGAUGUACCAGUCAUUCUAGAGCGGUGUGAAUGGCUGGAUAAAUAUUUGAAGGAACUCGUGCAGCUACCAACAGUUUCUGAAUCAAUUGAAGUAUGGGACUUUCUGAGUGUUGACCGCAGACAUACAUAUUCACAAAUUCAUUUUCAAUCACAGAAACGUUACCAGUUGGACUCCAUGCUAAGCCAUCUGAGAAGACUAAAAGCUCUUCCAACUUCGCUGCACCUGCAAGUGACGUUUUUGCCACUCGAAGAGAAAAUUAUAGUGCUGACAGCAAAGAGGCUAUUCUGCAAACAAGAAAUAAUGCUCCGGUUGAUGGAUUGAAAUCAAAAGCAAAUGGUGUGCCUCUUUCUCUACCAAAAAGGAAUGCUCAGGAACCUAUAAAGCCAGUUGACAAGUCUGGAAGCAAUGCAGAUAUUAUUCCAUCAAAGACCAUUUCUUCUCUCAAUAACGUGCAGAAGACGGUGAAAAGAGAUGGUUCAGAGGUGUCUGAUGUGCAGCAUGAUACUUCUGAUGGUUUUCCAACAGAGUGGGUACCACCAAAUUUGAGUGUACCAAUAUUGGAUCUGGUUGAUGUUAUCUUCCAGCUUCAAGAUGGCGGAUGGAUUAGGCGGAAGGCAUUUUGGGUUGCUAAGCAAGUCUUACAACUAGGAAUGGGUGAUGCCUUUGAUGAUUGGUUGAUAGAGAAAAUCCAGCUUCUCCGAAAGGGAUC